AAAGGCUCUCACAGAAAGUUAUAAAACAAAAGGACAUCGGGCAUAGUAUAUGAUAGCACAUGUAGAGUGCAUUUUCCCAUACCACCACCACAAAAAAAUGCCUGUACCACCACCACCACCACCGCUUCUCAAGAUCUCCUUCUUCUGCUUGUCUCUUCUCCUCUCUUUCUCACUUCAGAUCUCUUCAGCUCAAGAUGACGGCGAAGAUGUUAUGGGUCUCGGUGCUUCAAUGGCUGUAGCUGAUCCAAAUGCACUCACAUUUGAGAAUCCCAGACUUAAACAAGCCUACAUUGCUCUCCAAGCAUGGAAAUCAACCGCAAUCUUCUCCGAUCCAUCCAACAUCACUUCGAACUGGGUCGGUCCCGAUGUAUGUUCAUACGGCGGUGUCUUUUGCGCGCCUUCUCUGUCCAAGCCAUCGGUUAGGGUCGUCGCCGGUAUCGAUCUCAACCACGCUGACAUCGCAGGUUACCUCGCGCCGGAGCUCGGGUUACUCACUGAUCUUGCGCUGUUUCAUAUCAACUCUAACCGGUUCUGCGGUAUCGUACCUCACACUUUUAGAAAUCUAAAGCUUCUUUUCGAGUUCGAUAUUAGUAAUAACCGAUUCGUGGGUGGCUUCCCUAAGGUGCUUCUAACUUUGCCUUUGCUCAAGUAUUUGGAUGUUAGAUUCAAUGAGUUUGAAGGCGCCAUUCCUCCUAAGCUCUUCGACCGGAACCUCGAUGCGAUCUUCUUGAAUGACAAUCGGUUCCGCCAUGGAAUCCCUGAAAACUUUGGUAACUCUCCUGUCUCUGUUGUUGUUCUAGCCAACAAUGAUCUUGGUGGUUGUAUUCCUGGAAGUAUUGGUAAGAUGGCUUACACAUUAAAUGAGAUCAUUCUGCUUAACGAUAACUUGACCGGAUGUAUUCCACCGGAGGUUGGUCUGUUGAAGGAAGUGACUGUAUUCGAUGUGAGCUUCAACAACUUGCAAGGAUCGCUUCCGGCAAGCAUUUCGCAGAUGAAGAGCGUUGAACAGCUUAAUGUUGCUCAUAAUAAACUUACCGGUUUUAUUCCGGCCGGUAUUUGUACUCUGCCAAGGCUGGAGAACUUUACUUACUCGUUCAAUUAUUUCACCGGUGAGGCGCCUCAAUGCGCGUCUUUGCCCGGAGGAGUGGUUUCUGACGGCAGUGCCAAUUGCAUUCCUUGGAAGGCUGAUAAAAGAAGUGCAAAGAUGUGUGCCUCUGAUGAUGCCACGCCUUAUGAUUGUACCAAGUCGUCUUGUUAUCGUGCUCCACCAGUAGUCCGACACCCACCACCUACCAAGUCGUCGCCUGAGGUGAAGAGACGUAGUCCCCCACCUCCACAAAUCAUUUACCAUUCUCCACCACCACCAGCCCAUAAAUCCUCACCUGUAAUUAGGCACCGUUCUCCACCACCUCCAGUAUACAGUUCUCCACCAACUCCAGUAUACACUUCUCCACCUCCUCCUACACACAAAUCCUCCCCCACCAUUUUCCACCGUCCUCCACCACCACCUUCACACGAAUACACCUACAAAUCCCCACCACCACCUUCACACGAGUAUACCUACAAAUCCCCACCACCACCUUCACCUGAAUACUCUUACAAAUCCCCACCACCACCAUCACAUGAAUACACCUACAAGUCCCCACCACCACCUUCCCCUGUAGUCUACCAUCCUCCUACACCAACAUCAUAUGCAUCACCACCCCCUCCAACUCAUCACGAGUCUCCUAAAACAUAUCCAGCAUCUCCUCCUCCACCUGCUGUGGUCACCCCACCAAUCUAUCAUCAGACACCACCAACGCACCCCAUUUACACACCACCUCCACCUAAAGAGGAAGGAAAGGUUUGCCCUCCCCCAACUGGUGAACCAAGCAAGCCCCCUACCUAUCCAUCAUCACCACCACCAACUGAUUACUCAUCUCCACCACCCCCACCAACUGAAUACACAUAUUCAUCUCCACCACCACCAACUGCACAUGUUUACCCAUCUCCACCAGUAUACACUUCUCCCCCUGCUCCAGUAUACGAAUCACCACCUCCAGUCUACAGUUCUCCCCCACCUCCAGUCUACAGUUCUCCACCUCCUCCAGUCUACAGUUCCCCACCACCACCAGUAUACAGCUCUCCACCACCUCCAGUAUACAGCUCUCCACCUCCACCAGUUUACAGCUCCCCGCCACCUCCACUAUUCGAUAACAUACCCCUGCCACCAAUUGUAGGCGUGUCAUACGCUUCACCACCUCCUCCUGUAAUUCCUUACUAUUGAUAAAUCUUUCCUAAACCAACCUUUUACCUCUCUGUAAUUUUUUUGUUCUAUUUGUUAUUUGAGAAAACAAAAAGAAAAAGACAUUAUUAUUUGAUUGCAAAUUUUUACUACUCGAAUACACACACACACGAAAGAACUGAAUGAUGGCGCAUUCGUAGGCAGAAUUAUGUGUAUGUGAUGAUAAUGUGUUUUUUCUACUAGAGAAUUAUUAUGUUUAUACGUAUAGUGUAAUUUAGCGGUGAACGGUGGUGGUAAUGGUGGUGGUGUCGAUGGUGCAGCUGUAUUAACGAGGCGGCAGGCCGGUCGGGCAAAUAAUGUUGUCAUUAGUUGUAAUAAUUACUUGGGUUGUGGCAUUUUUGUAAGGUUCUUUUGUGAGGGAUGGGUCUAAACACUGUAAUCAAUCGUCAAUUGAUCCUUGAUGUUUUUCAUUGAUUCUUUGUGCUUUUAUUUUCUUUUAUACUAAGCAGCAGCAUUGCAGCUGAAAUGCAUUGUAUCCAAACUUUUGCUUUUGCAAUUUUCUUUA